AGAAAAAAUUUCUACGAGUUGAUAUUUGGGAUGAGGUAAUUUGUUGUGGUGACGAUGCACAACCUCCGCCAUUCUUUGGAGAAAUGCCACAUAAUUGGUUAAAAGAGCAUGCUGAUUAUUACAAAGAAGUUUUAACCGAUUAUCGUGCAAAAUGUCCUAAGUUACAAAAAUGGAAAUAUCUCGAAAAGAAAUGGACUCCCUCAGAUCGUAUAUUAUCAGCACAUUGCCUAUCUCGAAGAAUUGCAUCACAAAAAUGCCGUGAACUCCAUCGUAUUAAAUAUCCAAAUCUACCAGUUCCACUAAUAUAUAGGCCAAGAGAUGGAUGUAAACAAAACUGCCUCGUUUCAAUUCCUG